AUGGGUACCCAGAAGAAGGAGGCGAACCGCAAGGUUCGCGAGGGCAAGGCGGGCGAGUUUGCCAACAUCAAGACCAAGGGCGAGAACUUCUACAGGUCCGCCAAGAGAGUCAAGGCCCUGAACAUGCUGAAGGAUGGCAAACCCACGAGGAACGCCGCCGGAGACAUCACCAUUGCCGCCUCCUUCCAGAGCCGGGAUGUUCCCAACGCCAGGAUAGAGCCGAAUCGCAAGUGGUUCGGCAACACACGUGUCAUCUCCCAGGACAGUCUGAACGCCUUCAGGACCGCCAUGGCCGAGAAGACCUCCGACCCCUACUCAGUCCUCCUCAAGACCAACAAGCUUCCCAUGUCGCUCAUUCGCGAUGAGACCAAGGAUGCCAAGGGUCAGAAGAAGCACCACGCCAAAAUGACGAUUGAAACAUCGUCGUUUGCUGACACCUUUGGUCCCAAGGCCCAGCGCAAGCGGGUCAAGAUUGGUGCCGGCAACCUGGCUGAUCUGGCGGAUGAUGUCGACAAGAGCAUGGACACAUACGAGGAGCGUCGCGAGCAGGCAAAGCUCCUGAGUGGCAACUCCGGCGAGGCUGAGGACGAGGCGCAUGUUGGCAUGUCAAUCGAACCCAUCUUCAACAAGGGUCAGAGCAAGCGUAUCUGGAACGAGCUCUACCGCGUGCUCGACUCGUCCGACGUUGUCAUUCACGUGCUGGAUGCGCGGGACCCUCUUGGUACUAGGUGUCUGAGUGUUGAGAAGUACCUCAGAGAAGAGGCGCCGCAUAAACAUCUCAUCUUCGUCCUGAACAAGACUGAUCUCGUCCCUACAACCGUUGCUGCUCGUUGGGUCAAGUACUUCUCCAAGCAGAGGCCAACACUCGCGAUGCACUCCAGCAUCACGAACCCUUUUGGCAAGGGUAGUCUUAUUGAACUGCUUCGACAAUAUGCAAAGCUGCACAGCGACAGGAAACAAAUUUCGGUUGGCCUCAUUGGCUACCCAAACGUGGGCAAGAGCAGCAUCGUCAACACGCUGAGAAGCAAAAAGGUUGCCACUGUUGCGCCCAUUCCUGGCGAGACCAAGGUCUGGCAGUACAUCACUCUUACCAAGAGGAUAUACCUGAUUGACUGCCCGGGUAUCGUGCCUCCUUCUCAGACCGACACGCCAGAGGACAUUCUCCUGCGUGGCGUCGUUCGCGUUGAGAACGUCGACAACCCCGAACAGUACAUCCCUGGCUUGAUGAAGAAGGUGAAGCCGCACCAUCUGGAGAGGACCUACGAGCUCAAGGGCUAUGAGGACCACAUCCAAUUUUUGGAAAUGCUGGCACGGAAGAAUGGUCGCUUGCUCCGAAAGGGCGAGCCUGACCUGGACGGUGUUGCCAAGAUGGUGCUGAACGACUUCAUGCGGGGCAAGAUUCCCUGGUUCACGCCGGCGCCCGUGGAAGAGGAUGCGGAUGCGAAGGAGAGCAACGACAUUGAGGGCCGAAGUGGAAGACUUGGUGAGAUGCCUCUGAAGAGGAAACGGGCUGAAGACGCCGCGAGCGCUCCUGGCACUUCAAUGGGUCCCUCGACGCCGGGAGCGGGCUCGGUUGCUGCAGCUGAUGAGGACGAUGAGGAGUUUGAUGGUUUCGCUUCUGAAGAUGAUGUCGAGUCGGACGAGAAGGAUGAAAAGAAGCCGACAGACGCCGAGGGCUCUGAUGGUGCUGACGACGUCAUCUCGCUCGGCGCCUCAAGCGACGACAGCGAUGCUGGUAGCAAGGGCACUAGCCUGAAGACAUCAAUCGCUUCACAGAGCGAGAGGAGUCUCAGCAGAGGAUCCAGCACCAAGAGGCGGAAGAGAACUUGA